AUGGAAGAAUCCAAAACCCUAAACGACGUCGUAACGUCAGAUUCGAAUCCAUCAGAAUUCGAGAAGAACCAGAAGCAUUACCAAGAAAUCAUCGCUACACUUCCUCACAAAGACGGUUGGCGACCAAAAGAACCGGUCAUCGAGUACGGUGGUCACUGGUGGCUACAACCUCUCCUCGAAGGUUUACUCCAUGCUCAGACUUUCUUCAAAGCUCGACCCAUUGAUUUCUUCGUCUGCAGCUACCCAAAAACCGGAACCACUUGGCUCAAAGCCCUAACUUUCGCAAUCGCAAAUCGCUCCAAAUUCGACGAUUCCACUAACCCUCUUCUCAAACGAAACCCACACGAGUUCGUGCCUUACAUCGAAAUCGAUUUCCCGUUUUUCCCAACCGUCGAUGUUCUUAAUGACGAAAGGAACACGCUUUUCUCUACUCACAUCCCUUACCAUCUCUUACCUGAAUCAAUCGUGAGAUCUGGUUGCAAGAUGGUUUAUAUCUGGAGAGACCCAAAGGACACGUUUGUCUCCAUGUGGACUUUUGCUCACAAGGAGAGAUCACUACAUGGAGAUCUCAUUGGUCUGGAGGAAGCUUUUGAUAAGUUUUGUCAAGGUUUAUCUGUGUACGGUCCUUAUCUUGAUCAUGUUUUAGGGUAUUGGAAAGCUUACGAAGCAAACCCAGAUCAGAUUUUGUUUCUUAAGUAUGAGACGAUGAGAGCUGAUCCAUUGCCGUAUGUGAAGAGAUUAGCUGAGUUUAUGGGGUUUGGAUUCACUAAAGAGGAAGAGGAAGAGAAGGUUGUUGAGAAAGUUGUGAGUCUUUGUAGCUUUGAGAAUUUGAAGAAUCUUGAAGCUAAUAAAGGUGAGAAAGAUAGAGAAGAUCGUCCUGCCGUUUUUGCUAACAGUGCUUAUUUCAGGAAAGGAAAAGUUGGGGAUUGGGAGAAUUAUCUUACUCCAGAGAUGGUUGCUCGUAUUGAUGGAUUGAUGGAGGAGAAGUUUAAAGGAACUGGUUUUCUUUCUUCACUUCAUGAUUGA